AUGUCAGAAAACAUUGUUGAACGAUAUUGCUGUUCGCGUGGAUUUCUCCGCAAACGAUCUCAGUUGUAUGAGGGUGAGAGAAAUGAGAAAGGCGAGAGGCAUGGCGACGGAAAGGCUUUAUUACCGAACGGCGAUAUAUACGUUGGCCAAUAUCACAAUGGGCUUAGACACGGCAAGGGUAUCUACGUAUUCAAAAAUGGUGCUCGGUAUAACGGCGACUGGAGACACGGACAGAAAUACGGUCAAGGGAUCUUUUGGUACCCUGAUGGAACGCGAUACGAAGGAGAAUGGAAACACGACGUAAAAAAUGGCUUUGGCGCUUACUACUACGCGAAUAAUGACAUCUACGAGGGCUCGUGGAAAGACAACCUUCGCCACGGUAUGGGAACGUAUCUGUAUGCUGAUACAGAAAUUAAAUUUAUGGGUACAUGGAUAAAAGACUGCAUGGAAGGACCUGGACAGCUCGUCUUCCCGCGCUAUCGCUACUACGGUUUCUGGAAAUUGAACUUGCCGUACGGACGCGGUUGCUUUACCUUUGAGAAUAUAUGCAUGCAGCAUGGUCACUACAUACAUGUGAGAGAUCCUACAUUUACUGGCCUGAUAGACACUAAAGAUACAGAGAAGGCUGACAACGAAAAACUAGAACUAAAAGAAUCGGCUUCUUCAAGGAUGGGUAUUUUACCAAAGUGGCGGGCGCGUUGCAUCACACCUUAUAAUCCGGAAUUGCUACCGCCAGAAGCAGAACCGUUACGAGAGGAAAUGUUCGUGGAAUCUUCGAUUGACAAAGAUGAGGGUGAUGUCUGGCCAAAGAUCGAGGGAUACUCUGAUUACGCAGAGGAAGAUUAUCACGAGGAACCCUAUCCGGAAGCGUCACCUCAAAUCGACAGUCCUUAAUUGCCUGAUAAAAAUGCCUGAAAACGAUAAUUCCAAGCUGUCAAUUAAACGAGAAUGGCUUUCAACGCACACUCUUCACCUUAUUCUAUAUAUGUAACUUUGUGAUCACACAGGUGAUGCAAAACGAAAUAAAGAGUGAUCGGCCUGC